CCUCAUCACCUUCUUCGUCCCCACCAUCGUCGAACCAUCUGAAUCUCUUUCCGUCUCCGAUCGCAUUAUCGCAAACCCAACGAGAGAUGCAGACCCGGUUCACAGCCCUAGCGGCUCGGAUCGUAAAAUCGACCGCCCGGUCCUUCUCCUCCUCCACCCAAACCCCGCCCUCAACCGCCACUUCCUCCUCCCAAUUCCCCCAAACUCUGGCAGGCCUGCGGGCCCGCCUUGCCGCCGAGUCUCCGAUACUGACGGACUUCGUGGAAGGCGAAGGCCCGUAUUCUGUUGAAGUCGGAACCAAGAAGAACCCUCUCCCGAAACCGAAAUGGAUGAAGGAGUCGAUCCCCGGCGGCCAAAAGUACACUCAGAUCAAGAAAAAGCUCAGGGAAUUGAAGCUUCACACGGUGUGCGAGGAGGCCAAGUGCCCCAACCUCGGCGAGUGCUGGUCCGGCGGCGAGACCGGCACCGCCACUGCCACGAUUAUGAUUCUUGGUGAUACGUGUACGCGCGGUUGCAGGUUUUGCAAUGUGAAGACUUCCAGGACUCCGCCACCGCCGGACCCUAAUGAACCGACGAAUGUGGCGGAGGCGAUUGCGUCUUGGGGUUUGGAUUAUGUGGUGAUUACUAGCGUGGACCGGGACGAUUUGCCCGAUCAAGGGAGCGGACAUUUUGCAGAGACCGUGCAAAAGUUGAAGGUGCUUAAACCCAGCAUGCUCAUUGAGGCUUUGGUUCCUGAUUUUCGGGGAGACUCGAGCUGCGUAGAGAAAGUUGCAACAUCCGGAUUGGAUGUCCUUGCUCACAAUAUUGAGACAGUUGAAGAGCUUCAAAGGGCAGUGCGGGAUCACCGUGCCAAUUUCAAGCAAUCUUUAGAUGUUUUAAUGAUGGCCAAAGACCAUGCUCCUGCAGGAACACUUACAAAGACUUCAAUAAUGUUAGGCUGCGGGGAGACACCUGAUCAGGUUGUGAGGACAAUGGAGAAGGUGAGAGCAGCAGGUGUUGAUGUUAUGACAUUUGGUCAAUACAUGCGACCUUCGAAGCGCCACAUGCCUGUGUCUGAAUACAUUACUCCUGAGGCCUUUGAGAGAUACCGAGCUCUUGGCAUGGAAAUGGGAUUUCGAUAUGUGGCAUCUGGUCCCAUGGUAAGGUCGUCAUACAAAGCUGGUGAAUACUACAUCAAAUCUAUGAUAGAAUCAGACCGGGCUUCAUCUUCGCAUGUUUCUGCCUCGUGAUGAGUGGGUUUGUUUCCUACACAGAAAAUCUUCAUGUCUUCUUACCAUGAGGUUUCAGUCUGUAUUAUUUUCUCUCCUGCUCAUUCUCUGUAUUGUACAAGUGCUGAUUAUAGAGGGCCCAAGCUUACCUGGUCUUGUUACGAUAUCGGUUCCAAUUGUGUUCUCAAUUCAUUGUAAUUAUCAGAUAUCCCUCUGGUGUUGAGGUCUUAUAUUCUUGUGAUUGUUGCUGUUAAUCAGCUAAUUAAUACUUAAUAACAAGAAUCAUUGCCCGUUCUUCGAUAAUA